AUGUCAACCUCCGCCGAGCCCCAGCGCGAGCGGGAGGUCCAGCGAUACCUCCAGAGUUGGCAGGUCGCCCAGGGUUCUUCUCUAAAUGUCGCCCUCAAUGUCGAAAGCAUCGCCGCUCCUGACCUGCAAAGCAAUGGCUGGAAGCCCAAGGCUUCUCCUGACAGGACUCUCACAGCCUUUGCUCAACUGGCUGUGCUGCGACUUGACGUCAGGCGCGCUAUGGUAUCGCUGAUUGACUCGACAACCCAGACCAUCCUCGCCGAGGCCACUCAACAUAUUCAACUCGGAACUCACGAUGACGCUGCCAAAACCGCGGACCAUGAGACCGUGAACAGCACCAAUAGCGAUUUAUGGCUGGGCGCCGCUAUCCUGUCCCGUCCGGACGCCGUCUGCGAGCACUCUCUCAUUAACACGUGUACUGCGCUUGACUCCAAAGACCAACCAUUCACCGUUCCUGGUCUCAUAGUCCCCGACUGCCGUUUCGACUCACGCUUCAGCAAACGUCCAUACGUACUGUCAGAGCCAGGCGUCCGCUUUUACGCUGGUGUGCCCAUCUUUUCUCGCAAUGGCCACAGAAUCGGCUCAUUUGCUGUCUCUGAUGAGCGCCCGCAUGAUGGGUUGACUGUCAGUGAAAUCAAAUUCAUGCAAGGCAUCGCCCAGACUGUCAUGGAGCAUCUUGAAUGGGCGCGAGACCGUGUUGACCGGUUCAAGGGUGAGCGCAUUGUCCGUGGAUUGGCAGCUUUCGUCGAGGACUGCUUCACUUUGAGCGAGGACCCUACCUUGACCAAGGAUAAUGUGUCGCCAAACCCGUCUACAAUGCGCCCACCUGAAAUGCCGCUCAUCUCUUCAAAACGUCCGUUAUCGACAUCUAAUUCUCACUUUCGAUUUGGCAGUUCCGGCUCCCCCCGGGCCUCGCUCUCUAUGCGCCUACGUAAUGAGGCGCCUGGCUCUCCUCCUCAGUCACCACCAAGGCAUCAGAGACAGACGGCAAGACCGAAAUUUGAUAGUAUUUCAAACAUAUACCACCGAGCAGCUGAAAUCCUCCGACGCUCGACACUGGCCGACGGAGUCGUUUUUCUAGGAGCCACGGCUACGACAUCUAAGCAGCUCAGCCGAUCUAUCAGAAAUGGCGGAUCAAAGUCCUCUGAUGAGGAUGAGCAGUCUGUGCCCGUCACCUCGGGAUCUGAAGGUGUCGGAAUCGACAGCUCUGACUCUGACACAUCGCCAUCAUCGAGACCCUGCAAAAUCCUCUCUUAUUCCAUCACCGACGAGCAGACACGAGCAGGCAUGGAACAGGGCCCUCCACUUUCACUCGGAACACUUGAGAAGUAUUUCUCUUUGUUCCCCAUGGGUAAGACUUUGUCUUUCACAGAGACCGGAGCCGGGGUUUCCUCCGAAGACGACAGCGCAAGCGACAGAGAGCCCAUGAGAGUUGGGCCGAUAUCUGGAGAGAGGUCCACCGAAGGCAGACGCCGGAGGGUAAGGAUGGAUCACGAAGAGCUACUUAAGAAGAUCCCCGGAGCAAAGUCAGUAGUCUUUGUGCCGUUGUUCGAUUACAGUGAGGACAGAUUUGCUGGAGGAUGCUUCCUUUGGACCUCUGUUACCGGCCGCAUGAUGAACCUCGAUCAAGACUUAUCGUACCUCCGCGCUUUUGCCAACAGCAUAAUGAGCCAGAUCGGACGUGUCAACACCCAGAAGAACGAAGUGGCAAAGACAACCUUCAUCGCUAGCAUGAGCCACGAGCUGCGAAGUCCCCUGCACGGAAUUUUGGGAUCCGCAGAGCUUCUCACGGACACCGAGACUGAUACAUAUCAGGCCGGUCUUAUCAGCUCGAUUUCUACAUGUGGAAAGACGCUGCUCGAUACUCUAAAUCAUGUGCUCGAUUACAGCAAAAUCAACCGAAUCGGUCGCGCACAGAUGAGAAAGAGUGCAAGGCAAAAUAGGCCGGUUGUUCUCUCCUCCGACUCCCUGGAGAGUUUGAGUAUGACGGCAGUGGUGGAUCUGGGUGUCCUGGUUGAAGAAGUGGUUGACACUAUUGCGGCCGGGCAUGCGUUCAAAAAGCUUGCGGGUGCUGGUGUUUUGAAGCCGACAAAAGCUGUCAACGGCCAGUUGAUGGAGCCCGUGACGAUUGGGAAAUACCAAGCUCCUGGCUCUGAGGGACCAGUGUCGGUGUUACUCAACAUCUGCCCGAGGACUUCGUGGCUUGUAAAGACACAACCUGGUGCUCUGAGGAGAAUUAUAAUGAACUUAUUCGGCAACGCUUUGAAGUACACUUCAUCCGGGUUCGUUCUCGUCUCCCUCAGUAGCCAACCGAGACCCGACGGGUCAAAGGUCAGUACCUUGAUACGGGUGGCCGAUACUGGAAAAGGCAUGUCGGACGAUUUCCAACAAAAUAGGCUCUUCGUGCCGUUUAGCCAAGAGGAUUCCUUCCAGCCUGGUACUGGUCUGGGUUUGAGCAUUGUCAAGCAGAUUGUGGAUUCUCUUGGCGGGACGCUCGAGGUCAAGUCAGAGCAAGGACGAGGAACUGAAGUCGACGUGCACCUUCGCUUGGCCCCUGCCACUGGCGAAGCAGCCCACCAACCCGACGAGCUCAUUCGGUCCCUUAAAGAUCGAACAAGAGGUUGCCGGGUUGUGGUGCUGGACGGAGAGGAAAAGCAUCAGCCGACUUCUGUUGUUCGGCAAGUCACCAAAUUGCAUGAGGUUCUCGCCGAGACUUGCACAUCGUGGUUCGGAAUGCAAGUCGAGAGGGAAACUCCUGACAACGUUGACAAGGCCGACAUCUACGUAUAUUGCGAGCCACCUCCUAUAGAAGCGCUGGAGAGGCGAUUCAGGGAUCCCACAAAAAGAUCACCUCGAAAGAUCCCUAUCGUCAUCGUCUGCCAGAACGCCGAGGAGGCGAUCCAUCUGUCGCACAAGCACACGAAAAUCUUGGCCGAGAUGUCACAGAUUGUCGAAGUGAUACCGCAACCAUGUGGCCCGAGAAAAUUUGCCAAAGUCUUCAGUAAUUGUUUCAAGCGAGUUGAGGCUGCGGCAAAACUCCCAAACGGAGAGCUCAUAUCAGCUCCCUCGAAGAUCAAGACGAAGCAGAGGGAAAAGGAACAGCCUAACACCUCUGCAAAACUCGACGAUAGGGUUGUCGUUCAUUACGACCAACCUUCGCCAUCCGUCAAACAGGAAGUCGCUUCCACUGAAGCAAUCGCUAAAUCCUUGGAUGCGCCCGAACUACAGGAAGAGGCUUCAAAUCCACAACCUGCAGGUCGGAAAGACAGCAAACUACACGUCCUGCUCGUCGACGACAACAAAAUCAACCUCAAGCUUCUUGUCAUGUUCAUGAAAAAGUGCGGCUUCUCCUACGAAGAGGCCGAAAACGGACAGGAAGCAGUUGAUAGGUUCAUAGAGGCGUCUGGCGUUUUACCUUUACAAGACUCACCCCAACAAACCAAGCAGCGACCAUUCGACUUCGUUCUCAUGGACAUCAGCAUGCCUGUAUUAAACGGCUUUGAAGCUACGAAGCGCAUACGGGAAUUUGAACACGAACACCGAAUCACACCGCCCGCAAAUGUUGUUGCUCUGACAGGCCUGGCGAGCGUCGACGCAAGGCGUAAUGCCGAGUCCGUGGGCAUUGACGUUUUCCUUCCAAAGCCGGUUCGUUUUGCCGAGUUGAAAAAGCUGUUGUCAGCUGGCGAGACUCACGGGUAA